UUGCGAUUUGAUUAAGGGAGAUUAAAUACUACAAAAUAUAGCAUUAGAAAUUGUCUUGGUUUUUAAUGCAGAAUAAUGGCACCUCUCGUGAUUCGUGAAAAUCACCUUAUAAUGCUCGUUCAAACAAUAGCAGAAAAAAAAUCGAAAUUAGAAAUUUACAAAAACGCCCUUUCUUAGGCCUAAAACCCUAAACCCCCAGAAAAUUUCUGACUCCGUUCGGCUGGAUGUUAUUUUUCUUUUAAUUUCUCUGCGUCUUCGAUCUUCGAAUUCUCUUCUCCGAACCACCUAAUCAUCAUUAGCUGACGUUGGUAGUGAAAGAAUGUCGGUUUCUGAGGAACAAAUCACGAAGCUAUUCAAAGCGCGUAGAACGGUAGUGCAAAUGCUGAGGGAUAGGGGAUAUUCCGUCGAUGAUUCGGAUAUUAAAAUGACAAGGCACGAAUUCAUUGAGAAAUACGGUGACAAUGUCCAUCUCAAAAGGGAUGAUCUUUUAAUCCAUUGCAGCAAAGGAGAUACUCCAACUGAUCAGAUUUAUGUCUUCUUUCCUGCAGAACAAAAGGUUGGUGUUCCUAUGGUAAGAAACUGUGCAAAGCGUAUGAAAGCUGAUAAUGUUUUUAAUGCAAUUUUGGUUGUUCAAAAAGCUUUGACAGCCCCUGCAAAAGCAGCGAUAGGUGAAAUUAAUUCGUAUUUUUCCAUGGAAGUUUUUGAGGAGUCAGAGUUGUUGACCAAUAUAACAGAACAUAUGUUUGUCCCAAAGCAUACAGUACUGAAAGAUCAAGAAAAGAAGGAAUUACUGGAAAAAUACAGGGUAAAAGAAACACAGCUACCUCGUAUUCUGGUUACUGAUCCAGUUGCUAGAUAUUACGGUAUGAAGCGUGGACAAGUUGUGAAGAUUACUCGACAAAGUGUGACUGCUGAUACAUAUGAUACAUACCGAUAUGCUGUAUGAGUCUCUUGGAAUAUAUGAACGCAUGACUCAGUUCAAUCCGCUGGCAGGCUUAAAGCAUUUGAAAUCCUUGAUCUUAUGUUUGAGCUUGUGAUCUAAUGUUUUUAUUUGAACUUGAAUUUGAAAGUUCCAUCAAGUUGAUGGUAGCUGCUAUUCAAAUACUUGCUAAAAUCUUCAUUCUCUUUCUCUACCAUUAAUUCCUAGAAUAUAUUUUGUAUACAGGAUUGCCGGUCAAACCCCAAAUUCCGAGUUAUAUGGUGCCAGAUUUCUCUCUUCGACUGAGAAGAAAUAAAAAAAAAGGGUUGUAACUAUAAUUCCGUUAAUCCGGACUCUAGAUAUUAGUUGACACAUGAUUGAUGGCAAACAUAUGGA